AUGUAUUCACCAAGGGAUCAGUAUAUUCCAAUGUCCCAAAAUAGCACCCCACCUGCUUUUUUGCACCAUCCACCACAUUACAACAUGCACCAAGCUGCUGCUGGCCAUCAUCAUCAUUCUGGAAUGGUCAUGUCACCUUCUCCCUCGCCGUCAUCGUCGCCUUACUUUCUCGACUUGUCACCUCGUGAUAUUGGUGGUGGUGGACAUCAGUCACCCCCCUCGACCAUCUCGCCGCGCCAUAGCGUCUCCCUCCAUGACUGGCCAUAUCCUCGUCCACCCUCGGAUGGGUUCAAGUGGACCAAUGGCAAGCCCAAUGUCCAACAACCCUUCCAACAACAACACCACCACAACCAACACUACUUUCAAGGUAGCUCUGCCGCUCCACUACCACCACCACCCAACUGUAACAUAUCAAUCUCGCCACCACCGUCCCCACCCAAUUCGUAUAUCCAACCCAGUGCUUCCACAUCACCAUCGUCUCUAAGAUCAAUGAUCUUGAACAACUACAAACAUCAACAACAACAUCCAGCCUCUGCCACCAAUCAUCACCACAACCAACAACAACAACAACAACAACAACAACACCAACAUUAUUCACACGAGAUGGAAAUUCCAUCCAACUCGACACAUCAAUCCUCCCUACUCUACUCUUCAUCACCAGUAUCUUCAUCAUCUCCCAUUGCCACCUCCAGCACCACCUCUAUUAGCAACGCCGAAAAGAAGCUAAUGAGUCGUGUCAUUGUACCAUUGUUGAAUCUCAAGCAAUCACGUCCACAAGAAGCACCGACCGUUUCACCCAAAUCGCCAUGUCUGGUUCCCGACGAAACCAUGAUGUUCCACAACAACAGCAGUCGCGGUUCACCAGGACAAUCACCACCUGGAUCACCAGGUGACUUUGGAUCAUUCUUGAUUGCCAACAACAACAACGGACGUGUCCGUAGCAACUCAACCUCUUCAUCAACAGCAUCGACACCACGUGGUGCUCAAGACCAUCUAUUACUAUUAAACUCGACUAGUAAUCUUACACUCUCAUCUGCCCCAAACACACCAAGAAACACCUCUUCCACAACCACCAGUACAUUUACAACUACAACUACCACUACUAACAACAACCAAAACCAAGAAGAUACUAAUAAUAACAACAACAAUAAUCAAAGCACCGAUUACCUUAAAAAGGCAGAAGAGCAAUGGAAAAAGUUGGAAUACUUUAGUAAUGAUUUCAAUCACUUUGUAUUUGAAAUCAUCAAAAACAAGGAAUUCCAUCAACUAUCAGCAUUGAACUCUAAACUUGGAGAGAUUACAAGUACCGUCCAAGAGAUUGAAAUUACAAAUAAUAUAUUUAAAACAUUACCACCACAAACCAGAGCAAGAAAGAAAAGGGCGACCAAGGCUGAAAAGCUCAAGAAAUCAUCUGGUGGUGUUUUAGGUGUAAAGAGAACCUACGUUACUACUCCAAAGAGUAAAGGUAACUACUGUGUAUUUUGUGGAACGAUGGAGACUCCAGAAUGGCGUAAAGGACCAGGUGGUCAUAAAACAUUGUGCAAUGCCUGUGGAUUACAUUAUGCCAAGAAUCUAAAGAGAGAAGGGGCAAACAAAUCCAAGACCAACAACGACAACAUUGCUACCCCAUCCAAUACUACAAACAAAGGUGAUUCCAACUCAUCUGCCUCCUCGUCUACCAGUAAUUCUCCAACUUCUUCCUCGAUGAAUGUUGCCUCAUUGCUUGCUAGUACCAACUCUGAUGACUAA